AUGAAGAAAUAUGUUACCAACACGUCAAGACAGUGUAUGUGGGCGGUGGGAUGUUCUUAUUCUGAAUUUUUAAAGCAUAGAAGAUAUAAAUUUUUUUGGCUUGAUCCAUACGAUCUAGAAACUUUUAGGCUUCUACCUCAAGCAGCCAGCAGUGUAUCCCAUCGAAGCGAUUCGGCGGCAUGCGUCCUAUUGCCAGGGCUAACGCAACGACAACGUAAUGUUUGCGCGCGGCAUCCCGGCAAUAUCCAAUAUGUCAUCGCCGGGCUAACAGCCGCGGUUCGCGAAUGUCAGGCUCAGUUUCACGACCAACGGUGGAACUGUUCGUCGCACAAGCAUGCACUUGCUUUACCACAAGUGAAAUCAGCUAGUCGUGAAACCGCAUAUGUUUUUGCGUUAUCCUCUGGAGCUGUGAGUCACGCUAUCGCUCGAGCUUGUGCUAAAGGUGCGGUUCCGGACUGCGGUUGUGGGCAGAAACCAGUUCAGUCGCAACCAACAAAAGAUUUCGUCUGGGCGGGUUGUUCUGACAAUGUCAGAUAUGCAAAUACUUUUGGUAGACGGUUUAUGGAUGCUGUUGACCAACCUCAUUCCCAUGAUGCACGAUCCCUGAUGAACCUUCACAACAGCAGAGUGGGACGUAAAAUUUUGUCCAACAAUCUAAAGAAAGAAUGCAAAUGUCAUGGAGUAAGCGGAUCCUGCGUUACAAAAACCUGUUGGAAAGUUGUCCCACCAUUGGACCGUUUUGCUGCUAUUCUGAAAAAGAAAUAUUUUCAUGCAGCCAAAGUGAGUGCUGCUCCAGAAGGAAAGUCUUUAGUUUUACGAGUGGAAAAAACGGGACGUAUUGGGCGAUAUCUUCGAGAACCGCGACGAGCAGCUGCCCGUAAUGAAUUGGUGUUUUUAGACGAGUCACCAGACUACUGUAAGGAAGAUUUGGCUAAUGAUGUUCUUGGACCAAGAGGUCGAGAAUGUGGUCUAAAAUGUGAUAUACUGUGUUGUGGUCGAGGUUGGAUUGUGAUAAAGAAAUUGGUUAAAGAACAGUGUAAUUGUAAGUUUAUUUGGUGUUGUGAAGUGAAAUGCGAUACGUGUAUUAAAGAGGUUGUCAAAUAUUACUGUAAGUGA